UCCCAAGGACGGUUCUCAAUUUUUAUCAAAGUUCAUCUUUGAGAAUUCUUUUCCAUGAAAAAAAAUAUUUGUUAAAUUUUGAAGCUAUUUUGAAGUGAUCAGUUGUUAUCGAUUAUUUUAAAUAUUGGUUUAUGACAAAUUUCACCACAUCCUUAAGCAAGUUCAGGAUUUACCGCAUGUUUGCUGUGUUUAUGUUUUGCGACUCCAGAGCUACUAAAACUUUACAAUAUUCAACGUCAGCGAGUAAGGGAAUUAACUGUCUUCUAGGAAUGAUGGUUUAAGCAAGGCUGUGAUUGGUAUUUUAUUUUUAUAGUCAUAUUGAUUUCUAUGAAUCUUUAUAAGUGGCUGAAAGAAAUGGUGCCAGUGGUUCUGCUCCAGGUGAUAAUAUCCCGGACACUGGCAUUUGCCGACUUCCUUUUCCGAUGGAAUACUUUAAAGGAAUUGCAAUUGUACACAAAGAGAAUUUAUGAUGAUCACCUAAAGAAGCUGAUGGAGAUGGAGGUGAGCAUAAAGCAUGUGGCACAGACCAUGCAGGAUGGAGUUGGUUACUUAUCAGGUGGACGCACAUCAGAUGGGCUGCCAAUCAUCACGUUACCUGACACGGCAAAGUUUUCAACUCUGUCUGAUGAUGGAUUCCUACAGCUCAUGUUGUACCUGACUAAGGUACCAAGCUUUCUUCGGACUUAUGAAGAAAGCAUGAUUGAAGCAGACAGGGGAUUCGCCAUCAUCGCAGAUCGUCGCAAUGAGUCAUGGAGCAGCGUUAAGACACUCCUGUACAGGAUAGCGGGUUUCUUUCCAGGUAGUAUGCAGUGUAUUUAUAUCAUUAAACCAUGUGGAUGGUUUUCCAGGAAAUUCUCCGACAUCGGCUUCAGUUUUGUUAAAGACGAAUUUAAAUUUAAGACGGUAUUACUUGACACGGUGGAGGAACUUCAUUCACAUAUUGACCCUUCACAGCUAACGACUGAUUUCAAAGGCACCAUUAGGUUUAAUCUGCAACUUUGGAUCGAAGAUAGAAUGGCUAUUGAGAGGUUUGCUGCGAAUUGUCAUGAAACUUCUCGCAUCGUGCAAUCUAUAUCUGAUGAAAUGAACCAACAUGAGCUUCCAAACGACCUUGAGGCAGCCAAGCGAAUGCUUCACGACCACACGGUGAAAUGCACUGAGAUGAAGGAAGACAUCCUUAGCACACGCCGCCACGGUGAAACGCUACUAGGCUGCAUACGAAAACCUUCCAAAGACAGCGCUUCCCUCAAGUUGGACCCAGAUAAACUGUCCAAUGUUUGUGCCGUCGAAAGUGCUGCAGAUCUUCAAAAUAAGUUAUUAGUGCAAUUAGAGGAAACAGAGAAAUCAUUUGAAAGGUUUUGGGAAGGUCAUAAGAUCAAGUUGAUGCAAUGUGUUGACUACAGAAGGUUUGAACAUGAUUUUAAACAGGUAAAAUUAGUGCUUGAUAAUUACCUGUACAACAUAAACAAAGAUAAUGACCUUGGUGAUUCUGUGGCUUCAGUUGAAAGUUUAUCCAAAGCACACAGUGAAUUUGAGGAAAAAACACUUCCUGCGUUUGAGAAUGCGGAGAAGCUUCGCAGCUACGGAAUAGAAUUGAUUAGCCAGGAGAACUAUGCGGGUGAUUGUAUCCGUCCGAAAUGUGAAGAGAUUUCAGAUUUGAUUGAAGACAUUGAGAGGAAAACAUUAACAAGAACAAUAGUUUUAAGUAAAUCAUUGGAAUUACAUCAAAGGAUACAAAAGGCCCAGGUUUGGUGCUCCAAAGGAAUGGAAGUACUGGCUUCUCAGGAUAUAGACCCAAGCCAGUCCAAAGAAAAUGUAGACAAGGGCCUCAAGGAAAUUGAUACCUUCCUAGCCAAUUGUAAAGAUCUCAAAUUAAGUAAUCCUAAAGAAUUCCACACAAUGUUCUCUGAUAUACUCAACUCAGAGCUGUCGAGUAAGAAGUCACACCGAGAACAUGCAGAGAGCUGCUGCUUUUGGGUAAUGCAGAAACAGGCACUCGUGACUGAAGUUGUCACGAAAAUGGAAGAUGUAAAGAAUAUGUUUGAGAAACGCCGCGAAAGCCUGAAGAAAAUGAAACUUGAGCGGCAACAGCCAGUCGUGAUGGUUGCUCCACAAGCCGCACAAAUCAAACUGCCAACUGUGAACAAACUAUCACCUUCGAUGCAUCGUCGCUCGGAUUCACCAACAAAUCUGCCAGUCUCGCCGUCAAAGGAAAAGAAGAAGGUAUUACCUCGUACUCCAAGAGCAGCGAGAAAGGAGAUUGAGGUGCUAAGAGAUUCAGCGACAGAUUUACCCGGACAUGAAAAUGAUUCAUUAACAUCAAAAAGAGGGCACGUUAUGAAUGAGUUAAUAGAAACUGAGAGGCUUUACGUCAAGGAACUACAAGCCGUCAUUGCAGGCUACAUCGAACAAAUGAACAAUCCAUCCCUCAAGCAUCUUAUUCCGCCAGCUCUUGUUGAGAAAACCGAGGUGCUCUUUGCAAACUGGGAACAAUUAUUCCAAUUCCAUAAAAAUACAUUCCUUGUUGAUCUGGAAAACUGCCAAAGUACGCCAGCAUUGGUCGGUCGGUGUUUUGUUGAUAGAGAGCAUGAAAUCAAUAAGUUGUACAGUACGUAUUGCCAAAAUAAACCACAAGCUGAGGCGCUAAGAAGGGAGUGCGGCAACGACAAUCCUUUCUUUGUUGAGUGUCAAAAGCAGUUGGGUCAUAGGUUACCAUUAAGUGCAUACUUACUAAAACCGGUUCAGAGGAUAACAAAGUACCAGCUGUUACUAAAGGAAAUGCUUAAGUAUUCAGCAACAGAGACAGGGUUCAGUGACUUGCAGAAGGCAUUAGAUUGUAUGCUGCAUGUUUUGAAGUUUGUCAAUGACUCAAUGCAUCAGAUAGCCAUCACAGGCUUCGAGGGCCAGUUGUCUGAUCUGGGCAAGCUGCUUAUGCAGGGGUCAUUCUAUGUCUGGGUGGAGCACAAGAAGGGUAAUAUCAAGGACAUUAGGUUUAAGAAGAUGCAAAGGCACAUGUUUUUGUACGAGAAAUGCAUCUUGUUCUGCAAGAAAAGAGACGAUUUGAAGGAUAAAAUAUGUUAUACAUUCAAGAACAAAUUAAGAGUGCAAGAUCUAGGAAUUACAGAACAUGUUAAAGGAGACAGGAGAAAAUUUGAAUUGUGGCUUCAAGAUAAAUCAGAAAUACACAUCAUACAGGCUAAUAAUGAUGAAACUAAGGUGACUUGGGUGAAAGAAAUCAGAGAGCUGCUUCACAGCCAGCUAGAGGAAGAGCUAGCUAUGAAGGAUCUCAUUGAACAGAAGACCCUUGCAAUAUUUGAUAACAACAGAAUUAAUAAUAAUCUAGAAGUGACAGGUGGAGAAACAACAGUUCUGCCAUCACCAACACCAAGUGAAACGUCAUCUGCAAGUGGAAACUUUGCUAACAUGUCCUCGGCAGACAACGAUGAAGACGGUUGGGCCAGUGAGGAGUUCAGCGAUUCAGAUGACGGGAUGGAUGAUACGGGUUCAGUCAGUACUCAAGCAAUUGCUAUGAAUCAGUAUGUCGUCCUGGCUGAAUACGAAACCGUUGAGGAGACAGAACUUCCUGUCAAAGAGGGCGACGUAGUCGAAGUGGAGCGGGUUGGAAAGUCUGGCUGGUGGCUUGUCCGCAAAACUGCAACCAGUGAGAAAGGCUGGGUGCCGGCUGGGUACCUGGAAUCGCUUGCGAUGCGUGCAACGCGCUCAAGCAGUGUGCCCUACCUACCCCAAGCAACAGAAAAGGUUUUAUAUAUAUGAUUUUAUUUGAGAAUCACCGAGAAUAAGUCGGGAGACAGUGCAACUGAGGCGCAGCCGAGGCCGGAGUAGUUCCAGACAUUCAUUACAUAAAAGGAACGCAAUUCGCAUUGAAUCACGUGCAUAGAUGAGAAAAAAAAAUGCAAUUCACAAGAUGAGCACAUCUGUGGAACAACGUUGAUUAAAAAAAAGCUUGGCGAUUUAAACUUGCAAAUAAAAAUUCAGUAUUUAACAGUAAAUGCUAAGAUACUGAUUGAUGAUGUUCUAUCAUUUGAAAUUCUAAAUAUAGAUUCUGUUUCAUGUUUGAUAUUGUAAAAUAAGAGAUUUUUUAUUGCUAUGGAGAUUAAGAUCUUACUAAGGAAUAAAUGGUAACCAGUGGUGCAAAACUGAUACUGAUGAUAGGCUUAUUCUAAUUAUUUACACCGGUAAUAUUGCUACAAAUUGAUGAUAUGUUAGCACAGAGAUUAAAUAAUCCUCCAGGGUGAUAUGAACAUGGUCAGUCUAAAGUUAUUUGGUUUACUGCUAAUCAAUUAAAAACUGAAUGUACCUACCCAGAAAUGUCAAUUACUUAAUUAUAAUAACUGAAGAUAAAGCAGCAUACAAAGAUGUUAUAUAUUGAUUCCUGUUUUCCACUUGCGGAUUCUUUUUUUCCUCUGUAUAAUGUUAUUUAAAAAGCAGAGAGUAUUACUACAAGACAGUUUAAAAUGUAUCUCUAGAGAUCCUAUCCUGCUGUUGAAAAUACUAAACAAGUGUGAAAAGGCUUUUUUUUAUUACACUGAUCACUGUUACACUGAUAAAACAUCUUAAUAAUUACGUUAGAAAUUGGGAUGGUUUGUCAGUGAAGAAAAUGGCGUCCGGUUGAACGCUCUUUGCAACGAUAGCAACAGAGUAGUAUCACAUGGUAUCAUGACAUAACACUGUAGUCUGUAGUACUCUAUAGUCAAUUCUAAUGAUGCUAAUCAAAUUCAAAUCAAAACAAAAAUCCCAGUGCUCCAGUUGUAUGGCAUUUGCAGCAGGAUACCAGGGAUCGAAUCUCGUUUGGGGCGAUUUUUCGCACUUGCAAAUUCUUUUCUUUUGACAAUUUAUAUUAUCUUCUUUCUCAGGUAUCAAUGUGAUACCAUUCCUAUUGGUCGGUUAUCAAGUACUUGGCAUAUACAUAACAUAAAUAACAUAUAUUGUAAUUCCUGAUAUCAUAUAUAAAUAAAAACAUUUUCACAUUAAAUAGUUGAAAGAAUUGUGUACUCCUAGAUGAGUUGCAAAUGGUUCACAUAGUUUUUGAUGCACUGAUCCUCUCUCUUCUAUUAAUAAAUUGCAUGAUUAUUGCAGAUACUCUAAAACAGUUCCCUAAUUUGUUUUAAUAUUUAUUUUUUUACAUACAAAAAUAUACAUAUUUUCCUUCCGAUUUGACUUGAAUAGUAAUGACUUACAAAAUAAAAUCCGAAAAAUUUGUAUUUUUAUGUACAGUGAAAAAAUAUAUGUUCGUGUUUUCAAUCCACUUUUAAGUUAGUUUCCAUUUCCCCUUAGCCUGGGUUUCAGGCCUUAUUUUUGGUUAACUCACUCUUUAUUGCGCACCACAUCUAAUUUAUUUGGCGUCCCAUGCUCAAUUUCUGUUUUUCGGAUCUCAAAAUCAAUCGGUGAGAAAAAAAAACCUACUAAUUUCUCCCCAAUUCUCAAAUACUGAUUUUUAGGCGUAUAAAUAAGAAAUGUGUAAAUACAUUGAAGAAGUUUCUUGUAAAAAACAAAGCGAUAUCUCCAUAUAAUUCGGGUGUAUCUCUGUAAUGUUCCCAUUCAUUAUCAAACAAAAUCUUGCUAAACUCUUAAAGAAACAAGUUAUUUUCUUAAACUUUAAAAUUCAGAUAGUUUAACUUUUAACAGUGUUACAAUAGUGAAAUUACUAAAUUGGACAUAAUUAUUUUUUCCUUUGCUGGGUGGAAACACUUAAUUUGUUGCAGUUAAAUUGCAAAUAAAGUAUAUAGGUAAUAUAAUAUAAAUUAAUCUGGCUAAUAAUUAAUAAACUGAUAUUCUCUAUAUUAGGUGCUUGGUUUUACGAAAUAAAUUGCAUAAUGAAACAGGUAAACCACAGAGUUAACGAUAUGACCACAUUUGGAUUAACGUUAUAACAUGAUACACUAAAUCUAUUUUUACAGCUGUACUAGUGUUUGUUGACUCUAUCUUUCAAUGGUAAAUGGCGCUAUUUAAAUACUGCCAUUGUACGUACUGUCGUCAGGAUUAGCACACUAAACAAUAGGUUAUAUGACUGCAAAUUAUACCCACUAACAUUACGGGCCAAAAACGUUUAUGACUUUAAUUUAGGUAAUGAUUUGAUCUGUUUGACAGAAAUAUGGGCCUAUUUGAAUGGUACUGGUACUCAUUAAACUUUUAGUAUUUUUGAUCAGGCUUAUUUUAAACAAAUGUUGGGGUUCGUGUCGGUACUUAAAUAAAUAUCUCAAACUAUCUUUAACUGUUAAUAAUCGCUCCUGCGAUAUAAACACGAAAAACAUUUUCUUUAUAUAAAUAAUUAGAAAUAUAACAUUAAAUUAAUUGAAAAUAUAUUUGAAAAUUAUAAAAAUGAAAAAUCGAUUUUGCGCAAUAAAAGAAUUGUUGAUCAGAAUUGUUGUAUAUACUGUAGAAAAAAGAAAUUGUAGAUAGGUUUUAAUUUUCGUUUUGUAAAUCAAGAAGUCAAGAUAUAACUUAAAGAUUUCCCUGUGCAUCUUUAUAACAACAGAUUUAAUAUAUUUAAAAGUUAAUAAUUUUCGAUUUAAAAAUACUUUAUUUAUUAAUGAUAUCUUUUUAUUGUUUUGAUUAAAAUUUAUUAAUACACUUAAAGAUGUACUGUCAAUAGACAGGAAAAUACCUAAAUUAUUCAAAUAAAAUUUUGAAAAGCUCAAUUAAAAAGAUAAGAUAAAUUAUUCGACCAAGAAAGAGAUCGAAAAAAUGGUUUUGACAUUUUACUACAAAAUACCUAGAUUGAUUAGCAGCCAAUUUGAGGAUUCUUGAAGUAAAAUGUAAAUCGAUGAAAAAGUUUUUUCCGAUCUGUUUCUUGGUGGAAUCCAAUAGUUUGAUUCUUUUAAAUGAGCUAUUGAAAGCUUUCUUUUAAUUGUAGCGGGGUGGUUUUUUCUGUAUUUUGACUGAUAGUGCAUUUUUAAAGGAAGUACAUCACAUUACCCCUAGAUAUUAUACAAUUGUAGGUACAUUAAAUCAGUUCUAUACAUAAUCACAUUGAAAUACUUCAGGUUAUCGUUGGUAUAAAUCAUAUUCAAGUUAUUUGAUUUUUUGAAAAAUGCUGUUGCAGGCCUACUUUGAAAUGUCUGAACAAGUGGUGUUAAUAGAUUAACCCGCAUGUUCGAUUUAUAUUGUUAUUUAUUGCUGUCAAUAAGUGAUAAAAAAUAAGUAUUUACAAGUGAGGCCUUUUUCAUUUUAGUAAAACACCUACAUGCGCAUAAACUAAACAUGCAUGUUAGUGUAUAGUGCUUUUGUUAACCAAAACAAUUGAGUGAUUAAGUUAUUAGUAUUUUUUUACUUACGGUUUAUUUUCAUUAACUGCAAUAUUAAGUCUUUAUUACGAAUACAAAAUGGUUCUUAUGAUAACACUUUGAGUCAGAGGUGCCAUAAUAUAUGUCAGCCAAUAAUCUUUCGAGCCAAGUUUGUGAUAUAUUGUUCAAUAAAUGAACAAAAGAGA